CAGGCGGCGGAAGUCUGGCUCGGUGUCUCCCCAAACAUCCGCCAUCCUCCAGGAGCUGAGAGCCCCGGGCCCCGCCAUGGCCGCCGUGCAGUUUCCUGGAGGUACGACUGUCCUUGUAGAGAUCAGUGCCGACAUCCACAUCUGUGGCCUCUGCAAGCAGCAGUAUAACAAUUUUGAUGCAUUUGUUGCUCACAAACAACGUGGCUGUCAGCUCUCCAAUGCAGCCACGGGAGCCACCAGCAGUGUCCAGUUUGUCUCCGAGGACACCCCACCACCAGUAUCCACCGUUAAUCGAACCAUUACAUCAGAGACUCAGACCAUCACCGUCUCUGCUCCAGAAUUUGUUUUCGAGCACGGAUAUCAAACCUUUUUGCCGAGUGACGGUUCAGAGGCUCAGGGUACGAGCGCAGUCACAAUAGCUACAAAAUGUCAUUCCAGGAAGAUCCCCGUCCCACGCUCGCAGAGGAAGCAGAGCUGCAGCUACGAAGGUUGUCCCUUCAAGACUGCGUACGGCAUGAAAGACAUGGAGCGCCAUCUAAGGACGCACACGGGUGACAAACCUCACAAGUGUGAGACGUGUGGGAAGUGUUUCAGCCGGAAAGACAAGUUAAAGACACACAUGCGAUCUCACACAGGAGAAAAACCAUACAAGUGUAAAGAAUGCGACUACUGUGCAGCCGACAGCAGCAGCCUGUGUAAGCACCAGCGCAUCCACACCAACGAACGUCCUUUCAAGUGUCAGAUCUGCCCCUACGCGAGCCGGAACUCCAGCCAGCUUACAGUGCACCUGCGCUCCCACACAGGCGAUGCACCUUUCCAAUGUAUCCUCUGUAACGCCAAGUUCAAAAUCAACUCUGAUUUGAAGAGGCAUAUGCGCGUCCAUACUGGGGAAAAGCCCUACAGAUGUGACUUUUGUGACUUUUUCUGUGCCAUGAAAGGGAAUUUGAAAUCCCACAUCAAGAUGAAACACAAUGCUGACACCACUUAUAAGUGUGCGGAGUGCGAUUUCCAGUGUGGGAGUAAAGCCGAUUUGCGACAGCACUUACGAUCCCAUCUACCGGAACAGCCAGUGAAGUGUCCGGAAUGCACCUACUCUUGUGCUAAUAAGGCCGCUCUGAAAGUCCACGAAAUAAUUCACUCCAAGGAUCGCCCCUUCAAAUGCCAUUUCUGUAAUUUUGAUACAAAACAGCGAAGCAACCUGACCACACACAUCAAAAAAUGUCACAAUGAAGAAGUAAAAUCUCAGAAGGUCGAUUUGUCCAAGAGAGAAGAAGGCCUACCAAGGCCAUUUAAGCCGCGCAAGAGUAAUAAAGUGGAUGCAAAAAAAGCUUUUAAAUGCGAUCUUUGUGACGCAUCCUUUGUUAGAGAAGACUCUCUCCGGAGUCAUAAGAAACAACACAACACAUUUAUACUCCAGAAGCCAUCGGAAAUCUCUGUGGUUCAGAUUCCAACGGAAGGUCCAAGGCAAGCCAAUAACAGACAGCUCAAGGUUCCUCUUAGGGACACUGAAGUUUUGCCAUUCAGUGACCAAAGAGUAAAAAUUAUGGUUCAAGGGUCAGAAAAGAACGAUGUAGAGACUUCACCUGUAUCUUGUAACCUGAUCGCAAACCUUUCAAAGCAUGUUGCCAGCAACCAACUUGAGAUGUUGAGUCAGGUCAACUUAAUGGCAUCGCCACAACCAAUGAGAUCUCCAGGGCCCACUCCUCACACAGUUCUCCCUAGUACUCCUGAUCACAAUUGCAGUACUGAUCUACACGAGGAGAUCAUAUCUAAUGGAACUGUGGAUGGUCAGGAUUCUCCGGAUCAUGUAACAUUCAUCUCCAGCACAGGCAUGACAUGCACGGACUUUGAAGCUAUAAUACAAGAGGAUUACACAGAAGUGACUGUAAUUAGUGAAGAUGGGGACACUGGCGGAGAGUCUGCACAAUCUUCUCCAGUCUUUUCAUCGUCCCCUCAACCCGAUGCAUCAAAGCAAAAUUACAACCUUGACCAGAGUGAAGCAGAUUCUAUUCUGUGUCCAGCAGACUGUAUUCCAGACUGACCUUAUAGGACUAUUGAGCCUGUUAAAAAUGAUUAUGGAUAGAACCAAUAUGGCAGACACUUUCUGGGUUUCAAAGCCGCUGCACAGCCCGUUACCUCCUAGUAAUGGUCCCUGUUAAAGUGUAGUCUGUCGAAAAAGCCAAGCACUUUAUUACUUCUAUACUUUGACAUUUAGAAUUUGUGAAAAAUGGUCUUGUAACUUAUAUGUUAAUUAUAAGUUUUUGGUUAUUUAAAGCACUUUGCUGUUGUCAGAAAAUUGAAAGUGACUGCUUUUAA